AUGACCCGGCACCAAAUGGCACCGGCAGUUGCCCCUCUUGGCCCGGUCGCCAACCCGUUCCAUCUGAAGCACCAACUCGCUUCGCCAGAGAAAUCCCAUCAAAGUGCCGAACCUUGCAGGUGA